AUGUACUGUGAUCCGUCGGAAGAUGACGUUGAAUUGUAUCCGUAUGAUUACCAACCACCACUGUAUAUCGUACGUUUACUUGAUUCAAUCUCAAUUGAUGGACUAUGGCGGACCAAUAGACAUGAAAUAAAUACCCAACAACCACAAUAUAUCGGUGAAGAACGACAAAAUGAUGCUAUAUUUAAAGUUUAUUUUAAACGAGUUCGACAUAAAUCUUCAGCUCUUAGUGGUUCAUCAUCGACCUUAAGUACAUUUGCUACUGACACCAAUGAACAGCAUGAAACAGCCGGUAACAUUCACAAUAAUGAUCGUGGUACAUUACUCUAUUCGACAAUAAAAGUUUAUCAAUUAAAAGGUGGUACACUUGAAAAAAUAGUGGAAUAUUUAACAAAUGAAACUGGUGAAUUAGACACAACACAUAUGCAUAUUUUAUUUUCUACUUAUCGAACAUUUACAAAUACUCGAACAUUAAUUGAAACAUUAAUAAAACGAUAUCGAGCCGUUCUUCCAGCUUCACUCGACAUGACUGAAGAUAUGCGACAACAAUCAGUCAAGAGUCUUCGCACGGCGAUGACCUAUUUUUUAAACGAUUAUAAAGAAGAUUUUUGUGAACCACCGUAUUAUUCAACAUUAAAUUAUUUGAUAAAACAUAUCCCUGACAGAGAUUUACUAAAACAGUGUCAAAUAUUAUUAGACGAGUUGAAGAAAAAUGAAGAAAAUAUUCAAUCAAACAUCGUUGAUAAUAAUAAUAAUAAUGAUAAAUCAAAUAGCACUGGUAUAUAUGAUGAAAAAGGUUUCAAUUAUAUAAAACCAUGGAAUAUAUUAGAGAUGUCAAGUACGAUGAUUGCCGAACAAUUAACUAUUGUUGAUGCAGAUUUAUUAAAACGUGUUUUACCACAUGAAUGUUUAACUCGAUCAACAGGUAGUUGUUCUCGUCGAACACCAGGAAAUAAUUCAGAUCGUACACUAUCAACCGUCGAAAAAACCAUUCAGUAUUUCAAUGCCGUUGUUGCCCGUGUUAUAGCAACAAUACUUAAAGAACAAGACGAACACACACGUGCACAUGUGAUUGAAAAAUGGAUUGAUGUUGCACAUCAAUGUCGAAAACUAAAAAAUUUUUCGUCAUUAACAGCUAUCCUGAACGGUCUUUUAUCGGGCUGUAUAUAUCGUUUAAAUAAAGCUUGGUCUUACGUUACAGAUGAUUAUAAGUUAACAUUAGACGAAUUAAAAAAUGUUUUCGGUAGUUGUGCAGAUAGAAAACAAACAAGAACCAUUCUUGAAAAGCAACUAGAUGAAAUUCGUCUUAUGCUACCAGAAUACACUGAAUGUCUUACAAAAUAUACCGAUGUGUCCACACCAAUUAAUGCAACACUCGGACGAAAAUAUCGUCAUAAGAUGACACGUGAUCAACAGAGAUCAAUAACAACGGGUGCUGUGCCUUAUUUAGGUUUUUAUUUCAGUGAUUUAACGUACAUCGAUUCUGCUUAUCAAAAUACAAUUCCCAUUGAAAAUGAUGAUUCAUCAUCAUCGAGAAAAUUAAUUAAUUUUGAAAAACAUCGAAAAAUAUUCGAAGUUUUAGCACAAAUUAAAUUGUUUCAAUUAGCUGCUAAUGAAUAUUCAACACUUCAACCUAUAUCACGUUUCAAAGCUUGGUUUGAUAAGGUUCGAAUUUAUAAUGAUACUGAAAGUUGGGAAUUAUCUUAUCAAAUCGAACCAAAAGAAGUAACAGAUCAUUCUCAACCGCAGGAGCAAUCAUCACCAAGUUAUAGAUCCCAACCACGGAUAAAAUCUAUUAUGCAACGCGUCCCAUCUAUAGUAUCAUUAGACUCACAUACAACAUCGAAUAAUGAAAAUAAUGGAUCAAUGAUCACAUCAGCUACCUCAUUGCAAUCAUCACCGUCAUUGACAUCGCUUGAUAAAAUAAGUGCAAUAUCAAUUAGUUCCCUAUCCCAACAGCAUUGUCAGAAUCAGCCACUAAGACCAGAUAAAAAUUCUAAUACAAAUCAUUCGCGAUCCUCAUCAACAUCGAGCUUUUUAACUUCGUCAAAUGGUAGUUCAAGUCAGGGUUAUACAUCAGCAACAGCAUCGCCAAAAAUUGGUGCUAACAAUAGUGCAUCGAAUUCUACUGAAAAUGAUACAAUCAUAGCAAAAGUUCAAUUUACUGGAAAAAAUGAUCUUUUAUAUAAAAAAGUUCGAAUUCGAGACGAUGAACGAACAACUAGUGUUUUAAAAACAAUUCUUGAUAAGUUUGGUCUUGAUCCAUCGACUUAUGAAAGAUAUUGUAUUGAACAACGAUUUCUUGAUCGAAUAAUUCUGAUACCUGAUCAUUGCAAUGUAUUUUAUGCACUCGCACGGUCGCCUGAUGAUGAACAAAUUGACUUAAUUGUACGAGAAAAAACUCGGCAAGAAUGUCAAACAAAAAGCAAUAAUCUUAUGGAUAGUUCUAGACAUAAUCGAACGCCGAGUGGUUUUAGCACAACUUCUUCAAUUUACAGUCGGUAA